AUGAUUUUGAGGAGGAUAAGCAGGCCGUCUGGCAAUUUGCUGUCAGCGGCACGGCCGUCACAGACUCGCCCCGGCCCGGGCAUUGGCCGGCUCUCCCAGAUGCGAUUCCACAGCAUAGGCUCGACACAUCCGCCCUUCGCAGCCGGGCAACGACCACAAGUCCCCACGGCGAGGUCCUCACUUCCCGGCAUGCGGACCACCCUCGGUCGGCGGACAAUUUUCAUCCAGAUCGAGCCCACACCGAACCCGGACGCCCUCAAGUUCCUCCCCAACCAACGCAUCCUCCCCGAGAACAUCAACACCCCCUUCAUCGAGUACCUGAACCCACGCAGCACAAUCUCGCCGCCCUACCCAUCCCCGCUGGCUGCCCAGCUCAUGAACGUCGACGGCGUCAAGUCCAUCUUCUUCGGCGGUGACUUCAUCACCGUGACCAAGGAGGAGGACGCGAACUGGGCACACAUCAAGCCCGAGAUAUUCGCGCUGACCACCGAGGCCAUCACGGGCGGCCAGAGCAUCGUCAAUGUCGCCAAGAAGAAGGAUGGGGCCGAGGCGGCCGGCCAGGGGGUUGAGGCCGACAGCCUCGCUUACGAUGAGAACGACGAUGAGGUCGUCGGCAUGAUCAAGGAGCUGCUGGAUACGCGGAUCCGGCCGGCCAUCCAGGAGGACGGCGGCAUCGAGUUCCGCGGCUUCGAGGACGGCAACGUCCUGCUCAAGCUGCGCGGCGCGUGCCGGACGUGCGACUCCAGCACGGUCACGCUGAAGAACGGCAUCGAGGGCAUGUUGAUGCACUACAUCGAGGAGGUUAAGGGCGUCACUCAGGUCAUGGACGAGGAGGAGGAGAUAGCUAUGAGGGAGUUUGCCAAGUUCGAGGAGAAGCUCAGGCAGCAGAAGGGCACCGUGCCUCCCACGUCACCCGGCGCAGGGUCCAUCGACAAGGUCGCUUGA